AUGGAAGAACCAAUGUAUACACCAAAUGACUGCUUAAAUAAGAAUAUUACCAUUGAAGAGAUAUGUUUAGUAGUAGAACAAGCAGAAUUACAGUCAGCAUACGGUUAUGACAAUAUUCCAUUCGGUGUACUGAAAUUUCCACCAGUAAUAAGUGUACUUCAUCAGCUGUUUCAGCUUAUAUUUGACUCAAGUCUAAUUCCAUCAAUAUGGAGAAAAGCAAUUAUCUGUCCAAUUCAUAAAGACCCAGCAUCUGAUCCCCGUGUCCCAAUGAAGUAUAGAGGUGUGAGUCUGCUAUCUUGUGCCAGUAAAUUAUAUAGUGCUUUCAUGAAUAAACGUUUAACACACUACUUAGAGAACUCUGAGCUACUUGCAGACGAACAAAACGGCUUCAGGAAUAAACGUUCAUUUGAAGAGCAUGUCUUCACAUUGAGCAGUAUAGUUCGGAACAAUUCGACUGUCUUCGGCGCCUUUAUCGACCUUCGGAAAUGUUUUGACUUUAUCAAUCGUGAAAUGAUGCUAUAUAAAUUACUUCUUAAUGGAAUUGACGGGAAGUUUCACAAGUCUAUUAGAAACAUAUAUCAGCAUUCUAGCCCCUGUGUUAGGAUUAAUGACAAACUGACAGAGCGGUUUGACUAUUUUGAGACAGAAAAUUAUGUUAAAUUAAAUCUGAAAAGAAAUGAACGAUCCCUUCUCGCCCAGCUAAGAUGUGGUAUUCUACCACUACGUAUUGAGACUGGCCGGGAGGAUAUGUUUCGCCGAAAGAAGAUACAGCCGAACAAGACAGUUGCAGAAGCUGAGCAUCACAUAUUUCAAACAUCUGACACAUGGAUGAGCUUGCAUGCAUCAUCAGGGCAACAGCGACAACAGCUACUAUCUUAUUUAGAAGAAUCACAACCUGUGUUCAAUCCACAUGAUGCAUAUCUUUUCAACAAAGCAUUACUUGAGGGGCAGGAGAGAGACCUCUUUGUCAGGAUAAAUGUUGUAGGUUACUUCGCACAAGGUAAAACAAGUCUUAUAAGGAGGUUGUUGAACCAACCAAUAGAUGGGGUUGCGAGUACUGAUGGUAUAGAUGUUCAUAUUAAGAAAUGUAAAAUUAAAGAUGCGGCGGUGUGGGAAUGUUAUGAAACACCGCUGGAUGAGGAUUGCAAUCGGCGUUUGGCUAAAGUAGCAAAAUCUAAAGACGUGAAAACUGUGAAAACUCAUGCCAUGAAACCGGGGGAAAGGGGGGAAUAUUCAGGCAGAGAAAAUAAUCUUACACAGACGAAAGAAAUACUUGGCAGCUUACAAGAUCAAGCAAUUAGUCUCAACUUACAUGAAGAAGAUGUCCCACCACUUGUUAGGAAACUGCUUCAGGAAAUAAAUAUAAAAGACAUAGAAUCUGAGAGUGACUUCUUUGCUAACAUUUGGGAUUUUGGCGGACAAUACAUAUAUUAUGCAACUCAUCAAAUAUUCCAUUCAAGAGAUGCGAUCUAUCUUUUGGUAUUCGACUUGAGGCAAGACCUUGAAAGUUUCGUGAUAGAUAGUGACUUUCCUGAAAGAAGACAAAAAAUAAAAAACUGUUUGAAAUUUUGGGUAAAUUCAAUUGAUACUUUCGUUGGAACAAAUGAUGGUAAGCAGCCGCUGAUAAUAUUUGUUGGAACACAUAAAGAUCAGUUUGAUGGUGAUAUCAACGACAAGUUUGGCAAAGUGAUAGAUCUCUUUGUUGGAACAAAAGCAAGAAACCACAUAUACAAAACGCCUUUUGCAGUAUCCAACGUUGACGCAAGUGACAAGUCCAUUGGCGAGUUAAGAGAAGCUAUUUAUGAGAUAGCAAAGCAACACUAUGCACACAGAAAAGUUCCAGCAAAAUGGAUACCAUUAGAAAAAGCAUUAUUGUCAACAAGGAAAGAAAAGAACAUACUCACAUUUCAAGAUGUGAUGGAGCUUGCUAAAACAAACAUAAUUUCUGCCCAAGAUGACGGGGAUUUAAAGUUGUUCUUAAAAUAUCACCAUGCAAAAGGCACACUCAUCUACUUUGACGAGGAGGCACUUGAUAAGUAUGUAAUUGCUACUCCACGCUAUCUUAUUGAUGCAUUUAAAUGUAUCUUUACGUCUAAAGAUGUUUGCAAAUGGAACCGAAAUUUACAUCCUAAGUGGAAAACGCUAGAAACUACAGCGGUUUUGGAAAGGGAUCUAGUGAAUGAAGUUUGGAAGUAUGAUCAAAGCAGUCACUUUAUUGAUAACGCAGACAUUCUGUUAAUGUUCUUGCAAAGACAUAGAAUACUAUCUGAGCUGCUUCAAUUCGACAACACAACAGAAACUGUUAAAGGUCUAGGAAAAUAUUUGGUACCUAGUAUGCUCAGACAACAGUGUGAUGAAGAACAUUUGAAAGCUUUCAUCGGCAGGAAACGCGGUUCUGUGGUGUCCCUUGGAUUUAAGCUAGAGCAUAACUCAGUCCUGGAAAACAUAUACGUGAGGAUAACAGCAGCAGCUCUUGGACGAUGGCCUCCAAUCAAGUACCAUGGCGAGAACUUCCUUUUCAAAAAUACAGGAUUUUACAGGUUGGAUCAACGACAUGUUGGGCAAAUUUCACUAAAAGAUGAACAGGGAUUGGAGCUUGCAGUUUACAAUUUUUGCGUACCAAAUGAAGUUGAAAUGACAGCGUGCGAUCGUUUCCGGCGUUACAUUGAAAGCGUGAUAUCAUAUGAAUUAAAACGGUUUCAUUGGGACUUGAAUACAAAACCUUACGAGUACUAUUUUACAUGCAACCACAAAGAGCACGGUGGUUAUGGAAGCAAGGAAGUUUUAAGCCAAGAAGACAUGGAAUCACUUGUUCCAGUGGGCUGUCCCGACUAUUUGGACCAUUCAGUUGCUGCUGAUUUAGCAAGGGCAGAAUGGUUCUUGAAUGAAACGAUUGUCAAAGAUCAAAUCAUUCCUGACAGAAGAGUGACAGACAAGGACUUAACAAGAAUAGCUGAGUCACUUGGCAAAAACUGGAUGCUACUGGGGGUGAACUUGGGAUUUUCUGUAGAUGAAAUCGAAAGAAUGGAAAUAGAUUAUGCAACAAGUGGAGUUGCAACGUCAAUCUUUUACAUGCUAUUUGAAUGGAGUGAGAGAAAUUCAGAUACUGCUACUUUUAAUGUUCUCAUUAAAGCUAUGAAGGAAUGCGAACAGUUGAGUGUUAACUGGGAUAAGAUCAGAAACAUUGUUGACGAAUUUUGAAAGUCGGCCUUAUAAAUCGACGUCGAUUGUGAUGGAGCUUGGUCAAACUUUCAAUCCGCUAACUACCCUACAGCAGUAGAAACUGAUUAACAGUGGUCAAUGUUGGCUGUAAACAUUUUUUAAAUCAUACAUUAUGUGAGAGAUAUAUUUAAGAAACUAGAUAGAUAGUAAUAUGAAACCAAAGUAACAGUGAAUGAAAUUCAAGCGGGUAAUCAGAAUUUCAUCGUUAGGCUCUUUACCUCUGACUCUUCACAUUCAGUGCUUCUGUGGUUGCGAAGACUCAAUCGGGGUAUCACAAUGUCAGACAAAGUCUUGUUGUAGCUACUGAAUAAACUUGCAUUCCUUGCUGACUCUUAUGUGUAUAUAUUAAUAUUUUAACAGUGAUUUUAUGAAGAUUCCAUCUGUUGAUAGAGCGCCUACUUCGAGGGCGGGAGAACGUUGGUUCGCUCCCUGGCCGCAUCAUACCAAAGACAUGAAAAUGUACAAGUAGGUUCCGCACUUGGUGCUCAGCAUUACGAGGAUAGUUCUAGGACUGGUCAGCCUGGUGUCAGUAUAUGACUUGGUAAGAUACCAUGACACAUGUCUACGGCAUGAUAUUUAAGUGAGGCAGCACAAUAAAAUUGCGCAUUGAAGUCACUGUACCGGGAGACAUCGUCGUUUAUAUACCUGAAAUUUGUUUUAAAAAGAUGCUAAACCAAAGCACAUACAUAUUAUUUAAUCUUAAACUGUAAGUUCGGGAGAAAAAAGCGCGAACUCAUGCUUAAUAAAAGAUCACCGCAGCAUUUUUUUGGUGUCUUCAUCUUAUUCAUCAACUAUUCAGUCAUAACAACUUUCCCAAAAAUGGACUUCACUGAACUUUUGAUCCGUUAUACCGUUAUUUUACUCAGAUUAGUUUUUAUCUCGACUAUUCAUAGAAUAGUAGAGCUAUUGGACUCGCCCAAGCGUCGGCGUCGUCGUCGACGUCCAGUUUUGGUUAAGGUUUUGUAUGUAAGCUGGCAUCUCAGUAAGGACUUGUUGGAAUGGGUUGAAACUUCACACACUUAUUUACUGUGAUAAACUGACUUACAUUCCACUUCCACAGGUUCCAUAACUCUUAAAUAUAAAUAUUUUGAUUAUUUCGAUCGCUUCCGGGUUUUAUAAAUCUUUAGUGUAAAAUAUUUCAUUGGUUGACUUUGACAGCAGUCCAAUCGUUAGUACUCAUACAAACGUAAAAUCACGUCACGCGGCAUACAGUACUAUCGGGCAGAUAGCGCAUUUAUGCGAUCCUCGGCAUACGCGCCUCUUAUCUUUUGACGGAUAAAUACGACAUGCGGUACUCGAUAAGAGUUAAAAUGAACGCAUAAAUGCGAUCUGCUUUCUUAAUGAGUUAAUAAAAACCUCUUUGUAUAUUUGUUUUAGUAUUUUCAAUUUUCAUAUUUGCAACUAACAUAAGUACCAAUUAUAUUGCAUCAUUUCAUCAAUAUAUCAUCAAUAUUUAGGACUGGAACAAAAAACGAUUAAGAACCCUUCCAUACGCAAUACUGGCGUAACUACAUGAAGUCAACAUUGGAUCGCGCUAGCCCGACCUUUGUUCGCUUUCAACAUAAAUUUCGUUAUUUUUAUAGUAGAACUUUUAUCAUUAUUGAUGUAACAAUUGUUAGCUCAUCGGAGCAAAAAGUGCUCAGGGUGAGCUAUAGUGAUCGCUCACAGUCCGACGUCCGUCCGUUCGGCGUCUGUCGUUCGUGCGUCCACACUUUCCGUUAAACAGCAUCUUCUGCUAAACCACCUGGCCAACUUUGAUAAAACUUCACAGGGAUGUUUCUUGGAUAGUUGUCUUUAAAAGUAAAAAAGUAUUCAAAGAAUUAAAUUUCAAACAGAACCCUGGUUGCCAUGGCAACCGAAAAAGAAACUUUGCAGUCUUCUUUUCCGAAGCACAGGUCCUAGGGCUUUGAUAUCUGGUACGCAGCAUCAUCUAGAAGUAAUCUACUAAGAUUAUUCGACUUUAUUACCAUAUUGGCAGAUAUGGCCUUUCACUGGGUGUCUUAUGGUUUCUAUUGACAUAGGAAAGAACUAUGAAAAUCUUCUUGUUCAAAACCGCAGGGCGGCUUUGAUAUUGGGCGUCAUUGUAGCAUCAUCUAGAAGGCCCCGACCGAUGUUGUUCAAAUUAUUUCUCAUGGAUUAAAUAUGGCCAACCUUGAGCUUUGAUAUUUGGUAUGUAGCAUCAUCUAAGGGUCUUCAACCAUGAUUGUUCAAAUUAUUACCCUAUGGUCAAAUAUGGACCACCUGUAUAAUUUUAGAUACAGAUUUCAAUACUCAUAUUUAAUAUUGUUAACCUUGACCUACUUUCUUGUUUUUUUUAAAGCUACAGCAAAGAGAUUUGUACCACCUGUAUGAUUUUAAAAUAUUUCAGUAGUUAUCUUGAAUAAUCAUGACCUACUAUGACCUAGACCUAUUACCUAGUUAUCUGUUUCUGAAGCAAAGACAUUUGUUCAAACAAGCUACUAAACUCAGGUGAUCGAUAUAAGGCCAUCAUUGCGUUACUGUAAUACUAUAAAUACAGAAUUGAUAAUACAUGUAUAAGAUAUUGUCAUUACAAUGCUUCACAUUUGUGUUUAUGUAUCUUCUGCUGUAUUUUAUUUGUGAUUCCUAUUGAUAAAAAGAAUACUUUGUUAGAAUACAUCUUGCUUAGACGUCAUUCUGUAGAUCAUGUUUCACUAAACUUCUCUUAAUUCUACUUAGGUCAUGCGAAAUUGCGUUGUAGUUCUUCGGAACGACAACGUUUUUCACUAUAAUUCUUAGAAGAAUUUAUUUAUGCCAAAUUGAUUUGUAGUUCUUUGGGAAGACCACCUCUGUAAUUGCAUAUGAGAUCGCUCACCAACACAGAAAAGAUAUAAAAAUAGUUUUAUUGUGUGACUGAUAAAUAAUGAUUGUGCGGUUAAUUAACAACAUUUAAAUGAUCGGAAAAUGGAACAAAAAUCAACUGAAUCAAGUUUUACUGGGGUUUGAGUUAUUCUGACUAUCUCUAAAAUUAUAAAUAUAUUCUGAAGCAGUUUAAUCGUGAUAACCUAAAAUAUACUUUCUUCACAUUCUUCAAGAGCACAUUGUUCACAAGAUUUAUCAUAAUUGUACAGAAAUGGUCAGUUCAUAGAGAUAAUCUUGUGAAGAAGCGUAAAACCAUAUUUUCUGGAAAAAAGAAGUAUACCUUUUACAGCCAAGUGGUUAGAGUUAGUUGAUUUUGAGUCAUUCGCCGAUCAUCUGUUGACUUGUUAAAUCUCUUUCUAUUGUUAGUCGAAUAACUAUAGCAUAGUUAAGACGCUUCUCCUUUUAGUUCACCUGUCAUAUAGUGACAAGGUGAGCUUUUGUGAUCGCCUUCGUCCGUCCGUCCGUCAUUCCGUCCGAUCAUCCACAGUUUCGUGUCCGAUCAAUAACUUUCUCAUUCAUCAAGGGAUUUUAGUAUUACUUGGCACAAAUGUUCCCCAUGAUGAGACGACAUGUCAAGCGCAAAACCCGGACCUCUAGACACACUUGGACCUCAACUGUAAAAUAAUCAGCAAUACCCAGAUCUCUAGCUCUAAGUUCAAGGUCACAGUUGGAUGUUAAAAGUCAAAAGGUAUUUUCCCUAUGUAGUCGAUAAUUCUGUCAUCCAUGAAGGGGUUUUAUAUUACAUAUCACAAAAGUUUUCCAUUAUAAGACAACGUAUCUUAAGCAACACACUUAACACGAACUCAAAGGUCAAGGUCAUAGUCAGAGUUGUUUUUUAUUUUCUGGUCCAUAACUCUCUCAUUCAUGAAGGGAUUUUAAUUAUACUUGACACAGAUGUUCCCGAUUAUGAGACAAAGAGUCACGUGCAAUACCCAGACCCCUAGCUCACACUUGAGUGGCUAAAGUCAGCAUUGGUCUUCUCCUCCACUUAAUAUUUAAAUAAAGCUUAUGUGUCAUAGGGUCCCAAUUAAAAACUUUUUUUAAUGUAUUUUUUUCAGUGUUAUAUAUGAUGAUUUCUUUUUGUAUUUAUAGAUUUUAUAUAAGCAACUGUAGAUUUUUGAAUAUGCAUUUUUUUAAUUCAAAUGUUGUAUAUAGAGUACAGUAAUGUUAUACGUCGUAGAGAGAUAUCAGAUCAUCAUGUUUUACAGCAGUGGUGAAAAUUAUUUGCCUUUCAGUAGGGGAAUUUGUAUUGUACGGCAAUACUUAAUUCAUUUGUUUUACUAGGACAUUUUACAGAGUGCAUUAUGUUAAUGAUACAGUGAGAGAUAGAUAAUUUACUUACCUGAUCAUUUCGAUCGAUUAACCAUCUUUAUACAUAUAUUUUAUGAAUUCAUUUCUUUUCUAUGAUGUCACUGAUAAUAUCAGUUUGCUAUAUAUUUCUUGUUAUGUGCGAGAAACUAAUUAGGAAUCCUUUCUACAGUUUGAGAUAAAUCUAAAACGUUGGUAGAAACUCGUUUUUGGAUAACGUUGGGUAUUAUACACAUAAUCUCUUGUAAGUAACCAAUAUAGGAUAAUUGGAGUGAGAAUUGUUACUGUAGGAAAUUGUAAAGAUGAUGUACUUUGAAGUAUAAAGCUAUUGUUAUUGUCAUAAUUGAAUAUAUUUUUAAUAAAAUCUAGAAAAUUUGUAA